AUGUUCAUUAGUGUUAACUAGGAAAAUAGAGCUGGUAAUAUUUCUUAACUUAAACUUGAGGGUUUAAAGUGAAGAUAGUCCGAGAGAGAAUAAACCAGGUUUAUGAAGUUGAGUUAAUUGGUUUGCAUUUAAGGGUGAUAGAGUUUAAAUCAUAAAUAAUUUAAUAUAACUAAUCCUUAAACAUAAUAAACUCAUUCUUAUUAAAAGAAUUGUUAAAUAAAUUUUGCCCUCUCUUAUUUUUUAAGUUGUUAUGCAUUAGGACCUUAAUAUAAUUAUUUAACCGUAUUAAAUAUACUAAUUAGGGAUUAAAUUUAAGGCCUGCAACUAUAACAAUAAGGUUUUAAGUUUAUGGCCUUAAACAAUUUGGAUAUCAAAUUUUAUUGAGUAGUUCCGAUAUUUUUUUUUAAUUGGCCCUAAAAUAACAAUAAUAAGCAUUUAACCUGAUGGGUCAAAUUAAAUUGUGAAUUUUCCACCUGGAUGA